UAGAUGGCUGCCCAGAGAAGUUAUUUGCGCAUAAUAUCAGCACAAAGCCAACAAAGAGAUCAUGGCGGCGGUGUUGCAGAGGCUCACAAAAUGAGUCAGUCUCUGCAAGGCUUGCUGACUCUCAACACAGUCGAGACAUAGAUUUUAAAUGACCAUGGAGGCUGGUGCAGAAACACAGCAAAGUGGUGAAACGGCUGUCUCUGAGUCUGAGGCCCAGCAGAUCACCCUGGCCCAGGCGACCAUAGCUGCAGGGCAGGUUUCAUCGAGCAGCCCUACUGUGACCCUGGUGCAGUUACCCAACGGACAGACAGUCCAAGUCCAUGGGGUGAUACAAGCUGCUCAACCCUCUGUUAUCCAGUCCCCACAAGUACAGACAGUACAGAUUUCAACGGUUGCUGAGAGCGAGGACUCUCAGGAGUCUGUAGACAGUGUGACAGAUUCUCAGAAGAGGCGAGAGAUCCUUUCCAGACGACCUUCUUACAGGAAGAUUCUCAAUGACUUAUCAUCAGAUGCUCCAGCGGUUCCUCGCAUUGAGGAAGAGAAGUCAGAAGAUGACUCGGCCCCCGCCAUCACCACAGUCACCAUGCCCACUCCCAUUUAUCAGACGAGUAGUGGCCAGUACAUUGCCAUUACCCAGGGUGGGGCCAUUCAGUUGGCCAAUAACGGCACAGAUGGAGUUCAGGGCCUGCAGACGCUAACCAUGGCCAACACCGCCACAGCCCAGCCCGGCGCCACCAUCCUGCAGUACGCCCAGACCAGCGACGGCCAGCAGAUCCUGGUGCCCAGCAACCAGGUGGUUGUACAAGCGGCCUCUGGAGAUGUCCAGGCAUAUCAAAUCCGAACAGCUCCAACCAGCACCAUCACUCCUGGGGUUGUCAUGGCAACCUCACCUGCACUGGGAACAGCAGGUGCCACUGAAGAGGUCACACGUAAAAGGGAGGUGCGCCUUAUGAAAAACAGGGAGGCGGCUCGAGAAUGUCGCCGGAAGAAGAAGGAGUACGUAAAGUGUCUGGAAAACCGUGUGGCUGUACUGGAGAACCAGAACAAAACCCUCAUCGAGGAACUCAAAGCCCUCAAAGACUUGUACUGCCACAAAUCGGAGUAGAAACGUCACCAAUUGCCUGCAAAGGGUUUGACAGGUGCCUGUCUGUCCCCAUGUACAGAGACUCAGCACAGAGCCAUGCAUCUGGAUGCCACUCUUCCUUUUCUACUCAAUUGCUUUCUUUUUAAAAAAAAAAAAAAACUGCAGAAAAUCUGUAAA